AUCGUUUACUAUCGAUAUAUUCGAUAUACAGAUACUUUGGUGAGCUACCCCACCUCUAAUGCAACAAUAAAUCCACGAGAUAAAUAAAUAAUACAAAAUUAGUAAAUAUUGGCGGUUUUUUACGCAAGAAAAACACGAUGGACAGCAGUACUGACUUGUCGGACGAGUUAAUACGCCGCCUUAGCGUUGGCGGAGCCUUGGAAGAGGUGAUCGCCAGCGAAAUCUUUGAGGAUAGCAUCGAUGUGGAAACGGAGGCGGAACCGGACGAUAUAAUCAUCGUGCACAUGGACAUCCGGGAACCACUCAGCAUGCUCAAAUCACUUGUUGAACAAAAGAUAGGGGUCUGCCUAAAUUACUACACGUUUUGGCUGCAGGAUGCACAGGAGCUAGAAUCACACAAAAACCUUGUAGAUCAGUGCGUCAAGGGCGAGGGCCUGGUGCAAAUCAACGUACAAAUCCAAACCAUACGAAAACGCAUAAAUAUCGCCGAUGUUCUCAAGCCCACGGAAGCCGCCCUCGCUGCUUUGGCUGAGGAGGUCGUGGCCCAACUCUCCCCACCGGAAACAGCUAGUCAGAAGAGCUCCUCCAGCGAAAGUCCUAUUAAAACGCCGAUCAAACGGAAGCACAAAGAAGACUCAGAAGAGGAAUUCGUGGAAACCGGCAAAGAUGUUAAACCAGUUUUGAAUUGGGUGCUGGACAGCAAGUUUAAGCGGGAACAAGCCCGCCUGAAAAUACCGGAGGCAGCUAUCGAAUGGACGCAGGCUCACGUAACCCAUUGGCUGGAGUGGGCUAUCAAGCAGUUCGAGCUACGUGGCAUCAAUAUGAGCGACUGGCAGAUCAACGGUCAGGAGCUGUGCGCCAUGACGCACGAGGAGUUCAGCUUGAAAUUGCCCCGUGAUCCGGGCAAUGUCUUCUGGACGCACCUACAAUUGCUCAAGGAAUGCAACUUUGUAUCCGUAGUGCAUAAACAGGUAGAAGAGCAAAGAAAACCCAAGCAGCCCAGGAUUAUGUCAGCCACCGCCAUAACAACAACUUCGGGAUCGGUUUCUUUAGAGCAGAGGAUAAUGCGAAAAUCUUACCAGACUGUUAAAGGUUCAGACUCUGUUGAAAGUUCGCCGGCAUCUAUGAGUCCCACCAAUUACACUACCAUUGGUUCGGGCAAUAAUGGACAAGUGCAGCUGUGGCAGUUCCUACUGGAAAUACUCACUGACUGCGAGCACACGGACAUUAUUGAGUGGGUAGGCACCGAAGGAGAAUUCAAGCUCAGUGAUCCUGAUCGAGUGGCCCGUCUUUGGGGCGAGAAGAAAAACAAACCCGCCAUGAACUAUGAAAAGCUAUCUAGGGCUCUCCGCUAUUAUUACGAUGGAGAUAUGAUCUCCAAGGUGUCCGGCAAGCGAUUUGCUUACAAAUUUGACUGUGACUUGAAGCUGCUGAUCGGAUAUAAUGCCAAAGAGUUGUCUAGGCUAGUUAACGAGCGGAAGGUAGUGGCCGAGCCCGUUGUCCCAUCGGAAACUAUUAAAGAAGACACAUGACAUGGUGACUUUAAGAUCAAGGAAGAACCCGACAUACUCUGGAAGUACGAGGAGCCUUAGCGUUGGCUGACUUGGUCGGAUGACGGCGCCUGGUUAAUAAUACAAAUUGUUACACACAUUACACAUUUUACGCUCUUAAGGCACACGAUUUUAUUAUCCAUUUCGUAUUCACUAAGCUUUAUAAUCUCUGUCUACGUAAGCUAUAGCUAUAAGUAUCGCUUUUCUAACGCUAAACAACUUAAUUAUUAUUUGAAUAGUAUCUCUAUAGUGUGUAUAUUGAAUAUUGUUCGUUACAUGAUUGUUGCGAUUUUUGUAAAAUCCAUAAAACUAAAUUCAUUUCCACGCGA